UAGUAAUCGACACGUUGAGAUGGAACGCCACUGUGUUCUACUCUUGCUGUUGAGUACACUGGUAUACUGUAGCCUCGGACAAGGUGGAGAUCUCUCUCUUCCAGCAUCUCUGAUUGUCAGUCCUGACAGAUCUCAGUUCUUUGAAUAUGAGUCUGUCUCUCUGAGCUGUGAGGUUCAGGGGAACUCUACUGGAUGGAGAGUGGUGAGGAACACAUCGAGAGGAAUCCUUUCAGAGUGUAGUACUGACUGGGGAAAACAACAAGGGUCUUCAUGCAUUGUAUCACUAAUAACAUCAGACAGUGGAGUGUACUGGUGUGAGUCUGGGUCUGGAGAACACAGCAAUGCUGUCAACAUCACAGUACCUGCUGGAGCUGUGAUCCUGGAGAGCCCUGCCCUUCCUGUGACUGGGGGAGAUUCUGUGACUCUGCGCUGCAGAUAUCAGGGAACUCCCUCUAACCUCACAGCUGUUUUCUACAAAGAUGGAUCCCUCAUCAGGACUGAGACUACAGGAGAGAUGACCAUCCCUGCAGUAUCCAAGUCAGAUGAAGGACUCUACAAGUGUACCAACUCUGAAGGAGAAUCACCAGAGAGCUGGAUGACUGUGACAGCUGCAGGUCCAACUCCCAUUCCAUCUCCAGCAGUCCCAGUGUUGUCCAUGUCUCUACCCAGACUGUUGUGUAGUCUACUGGUGGGGUCUCCCUACCUGCUGGUGACCAUCAUACUGCUGGUGAAAUACUGCAGGAGCAGGGCUCAAGGGGAAACCAGGGUACCCAGGAAGACCCACCAAUACCAAUUAG